AUGAGAAAUGCCGAUUGGGGGAGGGAUUGGACGAUUGAAACUAGCAGGGCAGUGAGUGCUAUCGCAAACUUGUGCAACGUGUGUUUGGCUUAGGCAUAAGAGCAAGACAAGAGAGUGACUGGUGUUUAAAAGUAAGGACAGGAAGGGACAGCCGGUGGGGGAUUGAUUUUGAUGGUUCAAAGUGGGGAACCCGGGAAUGGUACUCAAGAGCAACUCGAAAGUCUUGACGAGUCUCACUCCGUUUUUCGCUAUGGCGUGUAUAGGGUCGAGUCGGCUUUGUGCUCGGGUCGAGAAAUUGUGCCAACAAUCUGGACACUUUGCCCAGAUUCGCAGGAGAUUUACUACGACAGGUGUUAAAUUGCACCAGGAAAGCCAACGCCCUGUCACGAGCUUAGUGCAACAAUGCAGGCAACAAAAUCAGACAACUCCUCGAGAUCACACAUUCAGUGCGACACGAGCGAUGAGUUCGAUGCAAACACAACAACCUGGAUCAUUACCAGAUCUACAUGUGGAUCCUUACCGGCUGCUGGAAGAUGAUCUAAAGGAUGUAUAUGAUGACAUACGUCGGGAGCUCAUCAUGAACACGACAGUAGACGAAUUGAAAACGAUUGCGACGUACUACUUUGAUGGGCAGGGAAAGGCGUUGCGGCCAAUGGUUGCGAUCCUCAUGGCGCGAGCCAUCAAUUAUCACAAGGAAAGAAAUGGUCUCUUGCCAUCGCAACGACAAGUAGCGAUGAUAGCUGAGAUGAUUCACAGUGCAUCAUUAAUUCACGACGAUGUAAUAGAUCAAUCUGAUUUUCGUCGGGGAAAACCAUCAGUCAAUGUUCUCUGGAGUCAAAAGAAGGUGACAAUGACUGGUGAUUUCAUUCUUGCUGUGGCCUCAAUGAUGAUAGCUAGAUUGAAGAAUGACGAUGUUACGCUUACAUUGAGCCAGGUUAUUACGGAUUUGGUUCAAGGAGAGUUCAUGCAGCUAGGAUCCAAGGAAACUGAAAAUGAAAGAUUCGCUCACUACCUCACUAAAACCUACAGGAAGACAGCGAGUCUUAUUGCAAAUUCUGCCAAAGCUGUUGCAAUGCUGGGUGGAGCUGAUGAAAGAUUAGCAGACGUGGCUUUCCAAUACGGAAGAAAUAUUGGUUUAGCUUUCCAGCUAGUUGACGACCUUUUAGACUUUGUAUCUUCUUCAUCAACCAUGGGAAAGCCUACAGCGGCUGACUUAAAGUUAGGUCUUGCUACUGCGCCAGUACUUUUUGCAUGUGAACGAUAUCCUGAAUUAAAUCCAAUGAUUAUGCGUCGCUUUCAAGAGCCAGGAGAUGUAGCAAAGGCGUUUGAGUUGGUGCAUAAAUCACAAGGAUUAGAACAAACACGAUUUCUCGCCAAAAAACAUUGCGUGGAAGCAGUACGUUUAGCACAAUCUUUAGCAGAAAGUCCUUAUCAAAAAGGAUUGAUAGUAGUGAGUGACUUGGUCAUUAACCGUAUGAAGUAGUCUUUGCUCAACUUGUCUCGACAAAUACAAUUGUUAAAAAAUUGGGGGAAAAAAAAAUAUUUAAUGUCGAGACUGUUAAAUAGUUUAAAUAAUUAAUUGUCAUAAUUGAGUAUGAAUGAAACCGGCAAGGAUGUAUAAAUAUACAUGUAAAUUUAGCAAAGAAAAUUGUGUAAAUGAGAGGAAAUGUCUAACAGUAGGUAGUAACAAAUGUAUGUGUGUUUUUAGAGAAUGUAAAAAAUUAAAAAUCGAUUUAUAAUUAACGAUAUUAUUAACGUGAUGGGCCAAUAUCACGGAGAUAUUUUUUAGUAAAAAAAAUUAUUUGCUAAAAAAAAAAAAUAUGUGAGAUAGAGUGAAACAUAACUUAAUCAUAUACUUUAAGAAAGAGAGAUUGUAUGAAAGCGGGAAUUUUUUAUAGAUUCUUUAAUGGAAGGUGGCCCGUGUACAAUAGGUUUAAGAACCGGUUACCUUCGUGACUAUAAACUAGUCGAAUCACAUGGGAAUUUGACUAGGCUAUUGAAUCACAUUAAAUAAAAUCCAAAGUAUCCUUUUUUGAGGAUCUUAUCCUGAUUAUGUAAUAAAUUCAAAUAAUUAAGGAUAAGCUAGAAAUCGAAUUGCCCAGUUGAUUCGUAUCAAAAUUAGAAAAAAUUUAUGUUUGCGUAAGAAUGUCAAAGUGUUCGUUAAAACAUAUUUUUAUUGAUAAAUCGAUUGCAAUAAUUAUAACAAUUGAUAUUUUAAAUUGUUAAAUUAUCGAUAAAACUGAAAUUUAUAAAUGUUACAAUUACUUAAUAUAUUAAAACAAAUAUCAAUUGUUAAAUUGUUAAUAUAAAUGGAAUAAUUCGUAAGAGUAGUAUGAAAUAUAUAUUUACACACACCUACAUAUGUAUAGUUAAUAAUCUUAGGCACACUUCAUCCCGUUCACUUUAAUGUUCUUAUGAUCGAUUGCACAUAAUAUCAGCCAAAGAAAUUUUCAAACGAAAUUUAUGUUUCAACAUGAAGUUGUAAUUAUCUAAAUUACGUUCAUGAAUGCUCUGCACUGGUCAAUUUACCAUUUUUGUAGUAGCAGUAUUUAACAUUUUUUUUUUUUUUAUUCCAGUUACCUUUAGUUUCAAUUAGUAGCUUUUCUGAAAACCUUGAAGCGAAACACACAAAAAUUUAUUAAUUAAAAAAUGUAGAAAAUAUUCUGCUCAAAGUAUAUUUAUAGUUUUGUUCAUUAAUUGAACUAUUAUAUUAAUUAUUAAUUAAUUAAUAUCUUAAUAACUUAUAUUCAUGACAUAAAACAAUGUAUAUAUACCUACAUACAUAAUUUGUGCCGCCUGUUUGUCAAUAUUUCAAUUUAUUUAUAAAAAUGUUAUUGCUAUAGAAAAUUUAAAAAAUAUCGAAUUAUGUACUGUAAUGCUAAAAACUAUUUUGUUCUGUAAAAAAAUAACGAUAUUAAUAUUAUAAAGUAGAGUAUAAAUUCAAUUCAUAGUGUCCGGUGCGAUGAAUUUUUAAUUCAUUACAAAAAUUUUGUAGAUAGCAAUUCAAACAGAUCUGUAAAUAUCAUUAUGUUUGAUCGUUGAGGACAAUCCCAUCUAGGUUUGGUGUGGAUAAAUUCUUUCUUUUAUUAUGAAUUCAAUUUAUACAUUUGUUGUGUUGGGAAUAACUUAAUUAAUGCUGUAUGAAUAUUUUUAUAAUACAAAUACUAAAACUAA